AUGCGUCUCCUUUGGUCUGUUUUGUUCUCUCAGAUCCUUGCUGUCGUCACUGCGCAGCGGAGUCCCAUAUCUCUCGACAUCAUCUCUGGUGCUCCCUCCCAAGGGCAGAGCAAUGUGCAACUCACCUCCAGCACGUUAGGUUUCGAUGCACCCAAAACGCUGCCAAUAAACGGCUCUAGCUUUGAUUGGUGGUACUUCGACGUCGUCUCGGAAGACCUUGACUACAGUCUUGUUUUGGUUUUCUUUGCCGCCACCGCGAACGGGCUGUGGAAGGGUCUUCCGGAGCUGCCAGCUUCGGUGUGGGUGGACGGACAAAUUUCCGCGCCAGACGGCCCUGCCCACAACUUCAUCGCGGACAGCAACGACCUGAUAGUCAUGACCAUGGCGAACGGCAGCUCCGGAACGCUUAAUGGGACGGGCUGGGGCUGGGCUGGGUUGCCUGACAUGUCGUACUACGAACUUAUCAUCGACGAUCCGGAAGCAGGAGUCCAAGGCACGGUUACAUUCGAAUCUACAACUCCUGCGCAAUUCCCUUGCGCUUCCAUUACGGCACCCGGUGAACAGUCGUUUAUACUUGGAUCGGCCCCUUUCGGAUGGGCAAAUGCUCUCCCGGACGCGAACGCCAACGUUGACGUCGUCAUUAACGGCACCCGAAUCAAAUUCUCUGGCGCUGGAUACCACGACAAGAACUGGGGCCCCAGUGCUGUUGGCACCGUCGUCAAGUCCUGGUACUGGGGCCAUGCACGUCUCGGCCCGCUCGUUGUCGUUUGGUUCGACGUCAUCUCGCCCGACGGCUCCGAGCACGUCAGCAGCUACGUAUCUCGCAACAGCGAGGUACUCACCGCGUCAUGCUCGAACAUGACCGUUCGCGCGACAGGCGCAAACAGCACCUGGCCGCCUGUCCGCGGCACUGGGGCACCCGGCGGUUUCCACAUCAGUGCAAGCGUGGAGGGCGAGGGGCAGUUGGAGAUCGACGUGAAACAUAAGACCCUUCUGACUGCCGAUCCAGACGUCACUAUAUAUCGCUGGACUGGCAGUGUCAGCGGUGGGUUUGGAAAUGGUACUACGUGGACAGGCCCUGCUUUGUACGAGAUGUUUGCAUUCUAGCCGCAUCGUCGAUGCACUAUUUAUCGGUUAUUAUGCCGAGGACAUGGACAUUUGGGUUCGAGUUAUGUCUGACCAGCUUAAAUAAAGC